GAGGGAGAGAGAGUCAGAAUUAGAGUAGAGCGAUAGGCCGAGAGAGAGAGAAGAUAGGGAGAAGAAAGAGGGAGAGAGAGGGAAAGUAAAGCGGAAGGCAGAGUGAGAGACGUGGGUUGAAGGGAGAGAGGAGAGAGAGAGGGAGGGGGUUAAUGAACGAGAGUAUUGUCUGUUAGCGUCAAGAUGACAACCACCCACAGCCAGAAAUUGAACCUGUCACGGCUGAGUCGCGGAGUAGGUGAAGUGGAAACAGGAAAAGGGAAUUCUUUGAUCAGUGUUUACCUGGAACCACAGGAUUACUUCAACUUGGUUCGGCGAUCAAAUAAAGGUUUUAGGUACCCUAAAGUUGCUCUUGAACCCUACCGGAAAUGUCCCUUAAACAACGGUAGCAACAACAAUAAGAACAGCAGUUGCACCACCACCACCACCAACAACAACAACAACAAUGUGGAAACGACGACCGAAGACCCUUUUAGAAAAUUUGUCAACAAUGAAAUUUCGUUGCCGAAAACAUUUACGACCCGUAAAGGGGCAUUACUGCUAUUCUCCGAAGACUUAGCGUUGAGAAACAAACAAUGGAAGAGGGUUCGAGACUCCAUGGAACAUCUGGAAGGGAACAACGAUAGAGAUGAAGAUGUAAGGGAGAAUGAGAGGAAGGAAGAAAGGAAAGAAAGGGACCCUGUAAAGGUUACACAAAAGAAGGAAUUCCGUAAGCAUCAUGUCGACAGGCAUAGAGAAGUUCAGACUGUCGGAGAGUUUGCUAAGACUAUUCUUGCUUUUGGAAACUCGCAUUCGAGUGAAAAAUAUGCUCGGCUCGUGACCAAAAUCGAUGACUUCCCGCGGCAAUUCCGUCCUGGGUUUUCAGCUAAACGCUAUUUGUCUAUUUGGAGCAAAUACUGGGACCAGUCUACUGUUGACGAAUUAGUGGCAGACGGUCACCUCCAGAGCAAACUAGCAACGACGUUGGAUCAAUUCCCAUCAUACUCUCGCAGCUCAUUCGAUGACAUUUCUUCACAACCCCUCCCUUAUCGACUCCUUCAUAACAUGUUGCGACCCCAUCCCUACCGUUAUACAUUUGCACACGUCUUGUGCAACGACUACGAGUUGAAACCAGACGUCUGCUGUUAUUGUUGCACCUCUAAUAAGACGACAGCGUUUCGAGACCUGCUCCCGCCGCUGUCACACCAUCACCAGCACCACCACCACUACCACCACCAUUACCACGACCAUGACCACCAAGAAGAAGUCACCUACCAGAAUUUGGACAAAGAACAACAGCAGAACAUUCUCACGGAUUAUAUUCUUCAGGCCACCGUAAACACAGCGUUCCAAUAUCAUCAUCAACAGCAUCAACAUCAACAUCAACAUCAUCAACAGCUGAAGUCAAUAUUGGCUACUCAGAACCAUAGCCGUUUUCGGUUCCAGCGUCCAGUUACCAAUCUGGCCGGUAAUGAGCGAUAUAUACCGAACCAACUCCAUGCAGGUCACAAGACUGCCAAAAGGACAUUCAGACAUGCAAGACUUGACGUGAACACUGGAAAAACUACAACAGAAGAUACAGGACAUUAUGGUCCGAUAGAAUCCGUGGAAUUUCCAGAACUAAAUCCUGUUAGAAACGCAGCAGCAGCCACUACCUAUUAUCCUACUACUGUUACUAUCCCUCCGGUACCAAACUAUACAACCAAGACAACUCUUACAGCUACUACUACUACUACUACGUCUAUGUCUACUAAUACUAUUACCCACCGGCUUAAUGGCGGUCGUAGUGGCGCUACUGCAAACGAGCACAUGACAAAGAAACACUUGGCGGAUGUUACAGCGUCUGAGGAGCGCUCAAUACCGACGUCACUCACAUUGCCUCUUAUACAACAGAAGCCAAAAAGCCUAGCUACAACGUCCACUUCUUGUGCUACUUCUGUCGUCUCUGUGGAUGCCGCUUUUCGUUCAGAAUACGAGAAUAACGGUAAGUGCGCCGUUUCGCAACUCCUGCACAAUACAACGACACCGGUUUCUUCUGUGGGUUCUCCACGCGGUAGAGCUGACAGGAUGCUGGCGUUAUUUAGCGGGCAUUUUUGUAGGAUGUGACAUUUCAGUGACAUU